AUGCCGCGCGAUCCCUUGAUUGGUCUCGUAGGCAAACCCUCAUCGGGGAAGUCGACCACGCUGAAUAGUUUGACGGAUGCCACGUCCAAAGUCGGUCCCUUCACGACCAUCGACCCGCAACGCGCCAUCGGCUACCUCCAGAUCUCGUGCGCGUGCGCGCGGCACAACCUCACGGAGCGGUGCAAACCGAAUUACGGCUCGUGCGUCGAUGGGCGGAGGAGCGUGCCGAUCGAGUUGCUGGAUGUGGCGGGGUUGGUGCCUGGGGCGCAUAUGGGGAAGGGGUUGGGGAAUCGGUUCCUGGAUGAUUUGAGGCAUGCGGAUGCGUUGGUGCAUGUGGUGGAUGUUAGUGGGACGACGGAUGCGGAGGGCAAGGCGACGAGAGGGUAUGAUCCGAGUCAGGAUAUCGUGUGGUUGAGGUCCGAGAUUGUGAGAUGGAUACAGGGGAAUCUCAUGGAGAAGUGGGGCUCAAUAAAACGCCGGCACGUCGCCGUCAAAGCAACAGCAGUAGAAACCCUGCAAGCGCAAUUUUCAGGCUACGGCUCCACCACCGCCACCGUAGCCCGCACCCUGGACCGCCUCGCCCUCAAAGAGCCCCUCCAAGACUGGACCGACGCCACCAUCGAGAAGGUCGUCAACGCAUUCACCGACGAGAAAUUCCCCACCGUCAUCGCGCUCAACAAAAUCGACCACCCGGACGCCGACAAGAACAUCGCCAAGAUCGCAAAACUGCACGACCCCAAAUCCAUCGUCCUCACCUCCGCCAUCUCCGAGGUGUUUCUGAGAAAAUUGGCGAAACAGGGGUACGUCAAGUACGUCGAGGGCAGCGAGUUUGUCGACACGUACGAGGAUUUGGUGGAAGCGGGGGAUCCUACGGGCGGAGGUUUGAAACCGCUCGAUGAGAAACUCAAGGCGCGCAUCGAGAAUCUGAAGGAUAUGGUGCUGUAUCGGUUCGGGUCCACGGGGGUUGUGCAGGUGCUGGCGCGCGCGGCCGAGUUGCUGGGUCUCGUGCCCGUGUUUCCUGUCAGGAAUAUCCACAGUUUUACGAGCGGGAGUGCGAGUUCCACGGCUGUUUUUAGGGAUUGCGUGCUUGUUAAGAGGGGCACGACCGUGGGCGAGGUGUAUAGGAAGGUUAUGGGGGAUGCGCCGUUGGCGUAUGUGGAGACGGAGGGGGGGAGGAGGGUGGGUGAGGAGGAUACGGUUGAGGUUGGGAGGAAUGAUAUUUUGUCGUUUAAGGUGGGCAGGGCUUGA